CGUGCCACAGACACAGCAGCGGCUUCAUCUGCUCCGGGCUACUGACGCUAGUGGGUUGUUUACCUGCAGUCGUUAUAUUGCAACAAAAAAAAACAACAACAAUGGAAGGAAACAUGUGCAAAAUCCAGGUUCUCCUUCGAGCUGCUGAGUUUCUGGACAGGAGAGAACGAGAGGCAGAACACGGAUACGCUUCAGUCCUGCCUCUCAGUCCAGAUCACUCUGACAGGAGAAGCAAACAGAAGAGCAAGAAGAUGAAUGCUGGUGGUAAUAGGUCAGUUCACAAUGAGCUGGAGAAAAACAGACGAGCUCAGCUGAGGCACUGCCUGGAGCAGCUGAAGAAGCAGGUUCCUCUGUCUUCGGACUCGAUGAGGAACACCACCCUCAACCUGCUGAGGAGAGCCCAGCUCCACAUAAAGAAGCUGCAGGAGCAGGACGAGCGCGCGGAGCAGAUGAAGGGCCGCCUGCUCUGGGAGCAGAGGGAGCUGCGGGUUCGGCUGGAGCAGCUGCAGAGGGGGACGGAGAGGAUGAGGAACGACAGCCAGGGGUCCACCAUGUCCUCCGAGAGGUCGGACUCUGACAGAGAGGACGUGGAGGUUGAUGUGGAGAGCAUUGUGUUCGACUGCGUGGACUCGGACGGACUGGGCAUGACACACGCCGACACGGACCACUGUUACUCCAGCAUGGACAAGGCGUGGCUAUGACGGCUCCUUUAGUGUCGGCGUGCGGGAGGACGGGAGGACGGGAGGGCGAGGUGAAAACAUUCCAAAAAAAAACGAAAAGGACCAAGGAGAAUGGAUGGAGGAAGACGUCACUGUACAACUGAACACACCUUUUUAUUUUGUUAACGGAGGGACGUCCUGUGCCAUUCUCUUGUUAAAACGUGUCGGACUACAAGCUAAACGGUGGUUGUGAGUGUGUCCAUUUGCACUGAAUAGCAGCUAAAAUCACUGGGCUGGGAUGAAUCGUUUCAUUAUGCAUAUAUAUUUUCUGGUAUUAAGCAUAAGUGGCAUUUUUCUGCAAAGCCAUAAGGUGUCUAACUUUAAACGAAUCAAGCAGUUCCUUUCAUUCCUCUUUGGGGGCUUCUCAUUCAAAAUUCUUAACUUAUUCCCUACUACAGUAUGUCUGUACUGGAUUCUGCCUUAAAGAUCAGAUUUGGUUUAGUAUUCUAUACAGCUUUUCUUUAGCACUAAGUUUAUAUUUCACUAAUGUUUAGUAUGCACUUAAACAUUAAUCUGUGCUACAGUAUGUUUUGUAUUAUUGUCCUAAUAUAUAAGUUCAGUCGUGUAUUUCGCUCUUUUUUUAUUCUGUUGCACGUAACGUCCACAUGUUGCACUUCUCAAACUGAUUUUGGGUGUAAAAGUCGGAACGAAAAACCAUAAUUAACUGGUCACAUUUGCACAUUGAUGUUUGGCCGGCGCCAGAUGUCGAUUUGAAGUUUUAGUGCACGAUUCAGUCUGUAGUCACAUGCGAGAAACUGAAGCCUGCGUCGAGCCGUCGGAGCGUCGACGCGUUCUCCGUUUUCUCCGCGCAGGUCUGUUAACUGAUUAUGUUUCUGAGAAGUGUUGGGUUGUCAAAGCUGUGCACUUCACGUGUGUGUGUUUUUUAUCAAUUAUGCGUACACCAAAUUCACCAGUCUGACAGAUAUUGUCUACUUGUAAUGAUAAUGCAAUUGAUGCUGUGUUGCAAGUAUGUAUCAUAAUCCUUUCAAUGUAUUUAAUACCUGAAGGUGCUAUUUCCCUUCAUUUUUGUAUAUGCAAGAUGCCUUAUUACUUUUUUAUCUGUCUCUCCGCCCAGUAAUAUUAUGUAGCAUUUUUUUUGUACCAAUGUAAGCUUUUUGUAACGAAUAAAUAUUUUCUAUAUUUA